UACCUACAUCCUCUCUUGUUCUGGACCUUUGAACUGACUUUGAUAUGCUGCAAUUAGGGAUUGCUGGGGGAGAGAUGGGGGUGGCUGUUGUCUUCCUUCGCUCCUCCUAGUUCACUUUGGGCAUUUGUUUUGAAGUAGUGAUCAAAGGGAUUUGGAGAGUCUGGGGGGUCUGGAAAGGAAUGAAAACCUAGGAAACGGAGAGGAAGGACUCAGAGGAGCUGGUGCCUUGUGCCAGGAGACAUACAAGAUACAUCAAGUUGAGAUGGUACCCAGUUUCUUACUUGGGAUCGCAUACCUCUGCUCCCCGUUGACCGCUCUGAUCCUGGAUUUCAAUGCUAUCAGGGGCUCAGCUGAAGUAUCUAGUUCCAAGAAGGAUGCCCAGUGCCUGGCAGACAAAGACUGUCCGGCUGGGAAGUUCUGCCACAAGCCCUUGGAGGAGCUGCCCUUCUGCGCUGAUUGCCAUGGAUUGCGGAGAAGGUGCCAACGCAACACCAUGUGCUGCCCAGGGAUGCUUUGCAUAAAUGAAGUGUGCAGUCAGACUGAAAAGGUGACCCUGGUUGAAGAAAAGAAGUGUGAUAAGCAGGCUGGCUCGAGUUCAAAAGACGUACUCCAGUGCCCGGUUUCAGCAAGCCACAGCCUGAAGAAAGGAAAUACUCAAACGCCCAGCAACAGAGCUCGGGAGGGGGAGAGUUGCCUCCGCACGUCUGACUGUGCCCCAGGCCUCUGCUGUGCUCGCCAUUUCUGGGCCAAGAUCUGCAAGCCUGUUCUCGCGGAGGGUCAGGUGUGCUCCAGACGAGGCCAGAAGGACAGUGUUCAAGGACCCGAAAUCUUCCAGCGGUGUGACUGUGGCCCGGGGUUGUCUUGUCAACAGCACCCCACUGGUGCAUCCCAGCGAUCACGCUUACGAGUCUGCAGGAAAAACUGACGGACUUCUAGAGCAUUAUCAGUCAGAUAAUGUCCUAAUCCUCUGAAGUUAAUAUAAGCGAAAGAUGCAUUGAACGUGAUGGAAAAACUUAUUCCCGCACCAUAUAUCUUUGCACUCCUUUCACUGUUGCUGCUUUGUAGGGUAGACAAAUGGCUACCUUCAGAUAGCUUGUUACUCCCCCUAAUGUGUGUCUCAUUUUAGCUUUUGAUACUUGAACAGCAUCUAUUUAGUCAAGAGGAGACCCUGCAGUGUUGAUGUUUGUUUCUUGCUUAACUAAAAGUCCUAGUUUUGGCCUUUAAAACUCUACAGUCUGGGAUGAGGUGGCUCAAAAAUCUUCUCUUCCCAUACAAACAUCACUGGGAACGUUACUCUGCUUCAAAGGCUGUCUGUGUGGUCCCACCACUGAUGGAGUUUUGGUUGGUGAGGCAAGAGAGGGUGGCCAUUUUGAUGGUGGCACAUGGAUUAUGGAAUAAUCUACCAGAGAGGUGCAUUUGCUCACUUUUAAAACAGGUGGUUUGUAAGUUUUGACCUUGCCUAGUUUAAUGAUUUAUUAUGAAUUGCUCCCGUGUACUUUUGUUUAGUUUGGCACCUUAUAUCUGCAUUGCAGUGAGACAGGGUAGAAACUUAGUUUUAAAUAUCUAUGUUGGUAAAGAAACAUGACAAUAGAAACUUCCUUAUAGUGAUUGUGGUACAUGGCCAUGUCGCGUAAUCUGUGUGUGGCAAAGGAGACAAACAAGUGUAAUGCUGAAUGCAUUUGUUACUUAUGUGAAGCAACAUCACUUUUCUGUAAACACUGACUCUUUUCAUACAGAAUAAAAACACAAGUCUGCUUUACCAAACUGACCAAUAGGAAAAGAAAACAAGGGACAUAGUAUACCUUCUUGUAAGGUAAUCGAAGUGAAUUGACUGUAAUCCACUUACCUGUAAGAGAAAAGGGCAGUGCUAAGCCCCAUAUGAUGCUUUUGGUACCAUAUUUCCGUAACUUGCUAUGUCCUACUUGUUUUGUUUACAUCUCUUGAUGUCAGUGCUUGUCAUGAGUGAAAAAUAAUAAAAAUUAAAAAAUGGAAAAA